AUUAUAACUACAGCUGCCACUCCUCCUCAAAAGCUGCUUCUCUUCUCAUUUCACUGCAAGUUUUCAGUAUGUAUCAGAUUGUCCCAGGAGCUCCUGUAGAGCAGCCAGUGAUUAAAGCAGCUCAUGGCUCCCCGCUUAAAAAGAAACUAGGUAAAGAAGGCAGGCCACUGGUGCUGGCAGGUAUGCUGGGCUGUUUGUUGGUCCUGGCUUCUGUGAUCGCCUGGUGCUACUAUUCAGUGUCUCUCCGUAAAGCCCAGCUGCUGAAGACUGAGCUACUAGAUUUGAAUAAAGAUGGCUUCAUCAUACGUAACCCUGCAGGGACUGUUGUCUUCACCAUGAACUUCAGGUCAGACACUCUGGAUUUGGACUCCUGCUCAAAAGAGGGAAAUAUUCUGAGCUGUACUCGGUCCAUUUCUGGCAAUCUGAACUUUUUCAUCCAGACAGUCCGACCAAAAGACACCGUUAUCUGUUACCGUGUUCGUUGGGAGGAGCUGCAGAGUAAACACUCUGUCGAACACACGAUGACCUACAAUGGCUCUCACUGGUACGGAGGAGCAGAGACGGCAGCACAGUACUGGCCUAUUAGAUUCCAAGGGGAAGUGGAACCACGGCCUUUCAUCACCAGUGACGUCUACUCCAACCGAAAUGCUUUCGGUGGAAUUCUUGAGCGUUACUGGCUGUCGUCCAACGCAACCGCAAUAAAGAUUAAUGACUCCGUGCCAUUUCAUUUGGGUUGGUCAGAGAGGAACAGGACUCUGAGGUUUCAGGCCCGGUAUCAGGACUCACCCUUUAGACCACCAGCAGGACAGCAGGCCUUUCCUGAGCUCAGCUACAGAGUUUGUGUGGGGUUGGACGUUACCUCGAUUCACAAAUAUAUGGUUCGUCGUUAUUUCCCAAAGCCCAUCAAAGUCCCGUCCCCUGAUGUGUUCAAGAAACCGGUGUGGUCCACAUGGGCUCUACAUAAAUCCUCUGUCACCGAGGAGAAGCUGCUGCGCUACGCAUCUGACAUCACCAAGCACGGCUUUUCAUGCUCCCAUCUGGAGCUGGAUGAUCGCUACACCACUAACUAUGGAGAGUUUGAUUUUGACCCGCAGAAGUUCCCUAAUGCUAGCGGCAUGUUUGCCAAACUCAGGGAGGACGGGUUUCAAGUCACGCUGUGGACACAUCCUUUCAUCAACUACGACUCCAUUAAUUUUGGGGUCGCUGUGGAGAAAGGGCUGUUUGUUCGCGAGCCGAGUGGUGAGCUGCCUGCUCUGGUUCGCUGGUGGAACGGGAUCGGUGGCAUCUUGGACUUUACAAACCUGGAAGCCUGUAAGUGGUAUUCCUCUAACCUGCACAUUCUUAAAGCUCGUUACAAUGUGUCGUCCUUCAAGUUUGACGCAGGAGAAACAAGCUACCUCCCUCGCCAGUUUAGCACCCUGGUCCCACUAUCCAACCCGUCUACCUUCACCCGGCGCUACACGGAGAUGGCCAUCCCAUUCAGUUCACGCGCCGAGCUGCGGGUGGGUUACCAGAGUCAGAAUAUCUCUUGUUUCUUCAGGAUCAUUGACAGAGAUUCGGUGUGGGGUUACGAGCUCGGCCUCAAGUCCAUCAUCCCCACUGUUCUGACCAUUGGCAUUCUGGGCUACCAGUUUGUCCUGCCAGAUAUGAUAGGAGGGAAUGCAUACCCCAACCACACUGCAGGUAAAGUAAACGGGACAAUCGGUCUGCCGGACAGAGAGCUGUACAUCAGAUGGUUGGAGCUUUCUGCUUUUAUGCCUGCCAUGCAGUUCUCUAUACCCCCGUGGGCUUAUGACGAUGAGGUGAUACAGAUAGCCCAGAAGUUCACCAACCUUCAUGAAACUCUGGUGGCUCCAAGGGUUCUUGAACUGGCAGGUGAGGUUCUUGAUACUGGAGACCCAAUCAUAAGGCCCCUGUGGUGGCUCGCCAAUGACGACGAGGCGGCUUUUAAGAUCGACUCCCAGUUUCUUAUUGGGGAUGACCUGAUGGUGGCUCCGGUGCUGGAACCUGGAAAGCAAGAGAGAGACAUCUACUUCCCCGCAGGACGAUGGAAGAGCUACAAGGGAGAAUAUUUUGAUAAAGGCCCCAUGCACGUCACUGACUACCCCGUAGACUUGGAUGAGAUCGCUUUCUUUAUAUGGGUUUAAAUAUUAAAGACAAAAAAUAAACGCGAACACUCGGGUUUAUAUUGCGCGCAUAAUUUUUAUCUUUAACAUA